GAGGGCCCCCUGUCCGAAGCUUGUCUCGUAACCACUGGCCGCCGCCUCGCAUUCCAUCGCCUUUUGUUUUGCCUGCAACACCCGACCGCGCGACAGGCGAAAGCUUCCCAAACCCUCUCAUACUUUUCUCCAAUAUCUGGAACAUUGAGCCCAAGUCGGUUACACGGCGCAAAAGCUGCAUAAGGUGAGACCUCUAUCCGAAUAAAUCUCCUCAAUUCGACUCCACAUCGUCAACAAGCAAGCCCCCUCAAGAAUUCCAUUACCCAAAAGGCAGACUAACUCUGGGCGUUUCUUCGACUAAGCCUCCUUUGCUUUUCUGCCCUGCUAUGCCCAUACCGAUGAUGCCAUUUCCCUCGAGACCCGGCUCCUCAUGCUAAUUGUCUACGAUACAAAGACACAGGAACGAACUUGGCGACCGAGUCUAGCACCCAGCGAAUCCCCCUGGCGCGCCCCUCCCGGCAUCGUCGUCAUGAAGUUCGGCGAGCAGCUCCGCUCGAGCAUCAUCCGCGAGUACCAAUGGUACUACAUCGACUACGACGCCCUCAAGGCCGACCUCAAGACCGCCACCGGGCCCGUCACACCCGCCGACAAUAGCAAUGGCAAGGGCAAGGGCGGCAAGCGCGAGUGGUCCGAGGAGGACGAGGGCCGCUUCGUCAAGAAGCUCGAGGCCGAGCUCGACAAGGUCCACACGAAGCAGCAGGUCAAGGCCAUGGAGAUCUCGAGGCGCAUUGCCGUGAGCGAGCGCGAGGUCAAGGGCGUCGUCAAUCGUCUCGUCGAGCGCGGCCCCCGCGAGGAGGGCCCUAGUGAGGAGGAGUUCAUGCUGCUCGAGGAGGACUUGAGCGACAUCAUUGCCGAUGUCCACGAUCUUGCCAAGUUUGUCCAGCUCAACUAUACUGGUUUUUACAAGAUUAUCAAGAAGCACGACAAAACGACUGGCUGGCACCUCAAGCCCGUCUUCGACACCCGACUCAAGGCGAAGCCGUUUUACAAGGAAAACUAUGACGCUUCUGUGGUCCAGCUCUCCAAGUUGUACGAUCUGGUCAGGACGAGAGGAAACCCAGUCAAGGGUGACAGCGCAGCCGGCGGCUCCCAGGGCAGCUUCGUUCGCAAUACGACAAAGUACUGGGUCCACCCAGACAACGUGACGGAGCUGAAGCUCAUCAUCUUGAAGCACUUGCCCGUACUAGUCUUCAACGCAAGCAAGGAGUUUGAGAUCCAGGACUCGGCCAUCACAUCCAUCUACUACGACAACCCGGAGACUUGGGAUCUGUACGAGGGUCGUCUGAAGAAGACGGAGGGCGCCGAGGCCAUCCGCCUGAGAUGGUACGGUGGCAUGCAGAGCGAAAACAUCUUUGUCGAGCGCAAGACCCAUCGCGAGGACUGGACCGGUGAGAAAUCCGUCAAGGCGCGAUUCUCGGUCAAGGAGAAGAAUGUCAACGCUUACAUGCGCGGCGAGCUGCUCCCCGCCGCUCUCUUCGAAAAGGCGCGUAAGGAGGGCAAGAAGCCCGAGAAGGCGAUCGCCGAGGACGAGAGACUCGCAAAGGAGGUCCAGUACUCGACUCUCAAGAAGGGGUACAAGCCCGUGUGCAGAUCCUUUUACAAUCGUACCGCCUUCCAGCUCCCCGCUGAUGCUCGAGUCCGUAUCUCGCUCGACACGGAAUUGACCAUGGUUCGCGAGGACAACCUGGACGGCCGUAAGAGGUCCGGCGACAACUGGAGACGCAUGGACAUUGGCAUCGACUAUCCCUUUUCGCAACUGCCCCCCGAAGACAUUGUGCGCUUCCCGUACGCCGUUCUCGAGGUUAAGCUUCAGACGCAGCUCGGCCAAGAACCUCCGGAAUGGGUUCGCCAGCUCAUCUCCAGUCAUCUCGUGGAGGCCGUGCCCAAGUUCUCAAAGUUCAUUCACGGAGUCGCUUGCCUCUUCCCCGACCGCAUCAACCUGCUUCCCUUCUGGAUGCCGCAGAUGGACGUGGAUAUCCGGAAGCCCGUUACGCACGACUUUGGAAUCCACAGACCCAACCAGUCGGCGACUACCACUACAUCAGAUGACGACGAGGAUGACGAGCUAGACUCUGAUGACGAGGAGGGUCCCUUGGUAGCCAGCAAUAACGGUGCCACCAACGGAGAGUCGAGUGGUCAGGGAGCUGCCAGGAACGGCGGGACCGCGCUCGACGUCGAAGGCCAGACGGUCGACACCAUUGCCCCCGUCGACAACGAGGACUUUUUGUACGACUCGGACGAGGAGUACGACGCCGACGAGGCCCUCGAGGAAGCCAGACGGGUCGGAGGCUGGACCUACUACAAGGCGCUUGCCUCUACAAAGGCACAAGCGGCUGGCGAGCGCGCCAUCGAUGUGCUCAAGUGGGCCGUGCCGCAUCCCCGUGGUUCUGUGAUCCCCAGGCGCGAAGUGCAAACAACGCUCUUCGGCUCGGGGCCGAUUCAGACCAAGAGGUUCAAGGCCCCCAAGGGCAAGAAGAUUUACGUGCCAGUCCGCGUGGAACCCAAGGUGUACUUUGCCGCCGAAAGAACCUUCCUCGGAUGGCUCGAAUACUCCAUCUACGUCGGCACCGUCGCCGUCACGCUACUCAACUUUGGUACCAAGCCCACGCCCACGUCCUUCAUCGUGGCCGGCGUCUUCACCCUCCUCGCCAUCAUGUCGCUCUGCUACUCGGUCGUGAUCUACCUGUACCGCAGCAACGCCAUCCGCAACCGCAAGGCGGCCAAGUUCUACGACAAGUGGGGGCCUAGCGCGCUCUGCGCUUCCUUGUUCAUUGCCGUCUUGCUUAACUUUGCGUUUGAGGGCAAUGCGAGGGAGUAUUGGUGAGACGAAGGCUUGUCUAGGUGGUCUAGGUGUGUCAGUGUGUGGUGUCUAAAGUAGUUUUACCUUUUAUCUUGGAAAAAGCGAAUUGUGUUGUUUUCUUUUUGAUGUAUUGUGUAUUGUAGCGGAAUCGUAUAAAAUGGUCUAUUAGAAAUUGGUGGGUUCGGUGUGUCUUGUGCUCCUCUUUCCUUAUUGCAUUAUUUUGGUACAUAGCAUGGUUUAUUCCCUCUUGCUUGCUAUAUCUACCAUAUAUAUAUACAUAACUUUUCC